CCCAGCACGAGUCAAGCAGGACCAUGUACACGAAGACCGCUGACAAACGCACCGUGGAGUGCGGACCGAAGGAUUAAGUCUUCAAACGACGCACUGCAUCUAUCAGCCCUAAAAAGUGGGUUUGAGCCAUGGCAUUGGUCCAGCGCUCCCUCAACAGCGAUUUCGUCCCUGCAUGUAAGUUUGAUCAAUCCCCAGGCGGCGCCCUUUAUUUCUUUCUAG